UUUUCAAUCUUUUUUUGCUUCCACAUGUCGCGACCGCGCGGCGAUUUGCUCUAUUCAACUGAUCACCACAACAAAUGUUUUAAUAGGUAAGUGUAUGUGUGGGGAAAAGAAUCGAUCAUCUAUCUAUCUUUCUUUUCACACAAACACAAUUAUCAUCAUUUUGCUACCAAACAUUCAAUUGCUCAUGCAUUUAACAACUAUUAACUUAAUCGACAACAAAACUUUAAUUUUUCUUAGUUUUUAUUUUUUUCUCUUUUUAAUAUUGCGCAACCACGCGAAUAUAAAUUUCUCAACAAAUUUUGAUAUUUAGUUUGUGUUUCUUGCUGUUGUUUUUUUAAAAGUUUUCUCCUCUCAAGUUCAAAGAAUAUUGAAGCAAACAAACUAAAUUGCUAUUUAAUGUUUUGCCAUGGUAGGUUUAUAAUGUUUUUGUAAAAUGUUCUUAAAAAUGUUUUUGUUUAUUAAAUAAACUUGUUGGUGUUUUGUUUGUUUUGUUUGCUUCAAGUUUAUUUUAAUGUUGUUGUGUUUGUUUUAAUAAAUCUUGUUGUGUUUGUUUUAAUAAAUGUUGUUGUGUUUGUUUUUGUUCCGUUUGUUUCAAGUUUAUUUUAAUUUCUAUUCACAUGUUUUAAGUUUACGACAAUAAAAACAAUGUUUGUUUAAUUUGUUUAUAUUGUUUGUUUUAAGUUUAAUGUUUUUCUCAUGUUUUCUUUUCAAGUUUAUUUUUAAUAAACCUGUUUGUUUUGUAUUGUUUUUGUCUGUUUAAUUUAAGUUCAAUCUUAAGUUUGUUUAAAACUUUGUUUUUAAUUGUUUUAAUUUUAUUUUGAGCUUGAUCUUAAGUUUCUAUUAUUUAUUCAAGUUUAUUUCUUUACAAACUUAAAAACAUGUUUUUAAACCUAAUUAAUAAAUAAAUUCAGAAAUUAUGCUCAUCCAUAACAACUAAAUGAAGUUGAAAGUUGCAACAUCCAUAAAUUACCCUCAAAUUUCUUCAGGAUCUCAAAAAUCAUUUAAAACAACCUUAUUUAUUUUUAUUUUAUUUUUUGAAGUUCUCAUUAACCAUUUACUCCUAGCCAAUUUAAAUCAAAAAUUGCCAGAACCUCAAAAUUUGAGAGUAGUCCAACAAAGAACUGCUCCUGAUAACUUCAAUAUAGGCGUAAUUCACGUCAAAUUAAAAAAUUGGACAACAACAACAAGAUUUCCCAGAACUUCAAAUAAACUACAUUUUAUAUUAAAUGAUACAGAACAGCAGCAUAAAAGACGGAGAAAUUAUGAGGUUGGUGAAAGUCGUGGGAGAAGAACAGACGGAAGUCAACCAAAUCAAGCAAGUAAUGGAGGAAGUGGCGGUGGAGGAAUGGAAAUGGAAGCGCUUUUUCCUUACUUAUUGUUGGCGCUUGGAUUAGCACUUGUUGCCUUCUUUGUUAUUCUCUACGCUAUACUAAAUGCUUUGCUUCAACGGAAGGAUCAACACGAAUCAGUGGAGCAACGAAGGAGGAGAAGAAAAAAGAGGAAAAGGAGAAGAAAAAGGGAUUGGAGGAAUGACAGUAACGAUUUGAUUGAAGGAGGGAAGCAUUUUGGAGAUGAUGAGGAAAAUAGUUCAGAGGAGAAACAUCUUGACUCCCUUGACGAAGGAAGCAACGAUUUAGCACAUCCUCCUCUAAUGGGUGUUAGGCCAGUUGCGAGAUGGCAUAGGUCUAGGGACGGACCACUUGAUGAGGAACUAAUGGAACGAAAUGAUAGUGAUUGGAUGAUGAGUGGUGGAAGUGGGAUGAGGCGUUAUAGACAACAUCGAGCUUCAGGAAAUCGAAGAGCUCCGCCACCUCCACUUCCCCAUUUACCUCCACCGCCACAUGAACCUCCGCGAUCUCGACAACUAAGCCAACAACAUUAUCCUCAACACUACACAAGAGGUCAAAGGCACAUUGGCUGGGCAAAUGAGGAUCAGAUCAGUUUGCCUGGCAUUCUUCGAUCAACCCCCAGGCCACCUCCACCACCCCCUCCUAGAGCUCCACCGCCACCACCACCUUUACCUGCGAGAUACCAAAAACGCUCUAGAAGACAACCACACGAACCCAGUAUUGACAACAGUAGUGACGAAAAUGAUGAUCAAAGCAGUGACGGGGGUAAUCGAAGGCAUCGAGUUUACCAUAAAAAACGUCACGAUGAUCAAAAACGAAAUAAUCCCCCACCAAUUCCACCUCCACAGCCACUCCGACGGGAGAAUACAGACUCUACUGUAUCUUCUUUACAACGGGGAGGUCGUGCUGGAUCUCUCUAA